AUGGGUCGUACAAGCACCGAAGACGCACCUCGCUCUGGAAGGCCAAAAGAGGCUACGAAUGCGGAAAUCGUACAGCAAGUGCAUCAAAUCGUUUUGAGUGAUCGUAAAGUGAAGUUGCGCGAGUUAACUGAGGCCGUGGGCAUCUCAAAAGAACGGGUGGGAUACAUUUUGCGCGAUGUUUUGGAGAUGAAAAAGCUAUUGACACAAUGGGUCCCGCGUUUGCUGACCAUCGAUCAAAAACAGCAGCGUGUUGAUGAUUCAACCGCCGGUUUGGCGUUGUUACAGCGUAAUCGAGCGGACUUUUUUCGACGUUUUGUGACGAUGAAUGAAACGUGGAAGGGAAGAACAGUUACGGGAGAGUAUUAUGCAGCGUUAUUGGACAAACUGAACGACGAAAUAAAGAAAAAACGGCCCCAUAUGGCGAAGAAAAAAGUUCUGUACCAUCACGCUAGCGCACCGUUAAACACGUCCUUGAAAGCAAUGGUCAAAUUGAACCAAUUACGAUUCGAAUUGGUUGCUCACCCACCGUAUUCUCCAGACUUGACCCCCAGCGACUAUUAUCUGUUUCCAAAGUUCAAGCGGUGGUUCCGGGGAAAGAGAUUCACAUCGAAUGAGGAAGUCAUCGCGGAAACCGAGGCGUAUUUCGAAGGCUUGGACGUUUCGUACUACAGAAAGGGCAUCGAAAUGUUGGAAAAUCGCUAUACCAAGUGUAUCGCCCUCGAAGGCAACUAUGUUGAGGAAUAA